AUGUCCAAACUCAUCACCGUCUUCGGAGCAACCGGUACCCAGGGAGGCUCAGUUAUCCGCGCCAUUCUCGCCGAUGCUGUUCUCUCUCAGGAGUUCAAGAUCCGUGCUAUCACACGCAAUGUCUCAAAGCCGGCGGCGCAGGCGUUGCAGAAGCUGGGCGUUGAAGUGAAAAAUGUUGAAAAGGCAGACAUGACCUCCAAGUCCUCUCUCGCAUCAGCAAUCAGCGGCUCACAUUCCGUCUUCCUCGUCACCACCCCAUCCUGGGACGCAAGUGAUCCCAACGCAGAGCUAGUCCAGGGAAAGAACGUCGCCGACGCCGCCAGAGAGGCCGGCCACGUGUCACAUUUUGACCAGAAGGCGCAGGUUGAGCAGUACAUUCGCGCCACGGGGGUGCCUUGCACGUUUGUUCUGCCGGGGUACUACAUGGAGAAUUAUAUCAGGUUUGGAAUGUUGCGUCGUGAUGAUGAAGGGGUGUAUACUUUGGUAUACCCUGUCGGAAAGGAGGCAAAGUUCCCCCUGCUCGAUGGUGCAGAGGAUAUGGGAAAAUUCGUCCUCGCAGCCCUCAAACACCCCUCCAAGCUCCUCGGGGCACGCAUCCUCGCUGCCACAGAGUACUACACACCCCCAUGGAUCGUCGCAGAAUUCGAAGAGGCCACUGGCAAGCGAGCGCGAUACAUCCAGGUCGAUGCACAGACAUACAAGAGUUUCCUGCCCCCUGCGAUGGCGGAUGUGGUGCUCGAAAAUCAGCUUUUGAUUGAGGACCCGGGGUAUUAUGCUGGUGAAGGGUUGGAAGAGAGCUUGGAGCUGCUGGGUGAUGUUGGCUUUGAGCCGACUACGUGGAGGGAGUUUCUGGAGAGAAAUAAGGAUGUUUUUGAAUAA